UUUCAUAAACGAGCUGAGCUCGAGCUCGACUCAUUUAUUAACGAGCCAAACUCAAGCUGGGGUAAAACUCGAGUCGGCUCAUUUGCCGUCCUAAGUCGAGUGCCGUGCCAAAGCAAAGUUUCAUAAUAAACGUCAAUUUCCCCGAAAGCUAUUCUGUUUCAGCGCUCUCGGUACAGUCGGUUAAGGUCCUAAUGGUAGAAUCUGCCGUAGUUCUCUCAUUCCCGCCACUUUCAAAUGCACCAACGCCUCUGCUCGACCGCCGCCCUUCCGACAUCCAAACCAAACCCUGUCCUUCUUUCUGCGCUGAAUCCUUCCCGUUCUUUCACUAUCGAAGCAGAUGUCUCGCCGGAGGAUUACGUCGGGAGCAAUCCCUCCUCCAAGUCGUCUCCGUAUAGAACGCCACUGUGGAAUCUCUUACACCCACUUCUGAAGCACGAGCCGCCCGACCUUUCAUUCUACGCGCCCCUUUUCCAGCAUCUGACCGGCCGUAAUUUCUUGAGAAUCGGGCGGCAAGUUCAUUCCCACAUGGCGAUUCGCGGGUGGGAACCCAAUGGCUUCACCGCAGCGAAAAUGGUUGCGAUGUACGCCAGUUCUGGUGACCUCGACGCUGCUGGAGUUUUGUUCGGUAGGAUUCAGAACCCUUCUCUGAUUUUGUACAAUUCCAUGAUUCGUGCUUAUAGUAAAUACGGCUGCCACCAGAAAAGUGUAGAGCUUUAUCUUCGGAUGCAUUCGUCAGGCUUUCAAGGGGAUAACUUCACGUUUCCUUUUGUACUGAGGUCUUGUGCUGAUUUGUUGAAUCUUUUGAUUGGAAAAUGUGUUCAUAGCUUGAGUCUGAGGAUUGGGUUGGAGUUAGAUACAUACGUUGGAACUUCUUUGAUCGACAUGUAUGUGAAAUGUGGCGAAAUAGGGAAUGCACGCAAGCUGUUUGAUAUAAUGGAUGUUAGAGAUGUAUCCUCGUGGAAUGCUCUGAUUGCUGGAUACAUGAGAGAUGGAGAGAUUCGCGUCGCUGAGGAUUUGUUUGCGAGGAUUCCUUGCAGUAAUAUCGUUUCUUGGACUGCUAUGAUAUCAGGAUACACCCAGAAUGGGCUCGUUGAGCAAGCAUUAACUCUGUUCGACGAGAUGUUGAAGUACGAUUCUGAUGUGAAGCCCAAUUGGGUGACAAUAAUGAGUGUGCUCCCCGCUUGUGCACACUCUGCUGCUCUUGAACGCGGCAGGAAAAUCCAUGAUUAUGCUGCUAGUAUCGGUAUGGACUCAAACCCAUCAGUCUGCACAGCGCUUAUUGCAAUGUAUGCUAAAUGCGGGAGCCUUGUUAAUGCACGAUGCUGUUUCGAUCGACUGGCCCCAGGUCAUAGAACUUUAGUUGCUUGGAACACUAUGAUAACUGCUUAUGCAUCUCAUGGGUGUGGAAAGGAAGCUGUGGCCACUUUCGAGGAGAUGAUUGAAGCAGGGGUUAGACCCGAUACAGUCACUUUCACAGGCCUGCUGAGCGGAUGCAGCCACUCAGGUCUAGUUGAAAUUGGUUUGAAGUACUUCAAUAAUAUGAAACCAGUUUUCUCGGUGGAACCAAGAGUUGAGCAUUAUGGGUGCAUUGUUGAUCUCUUGGGUCGUGCUGGGAGAUUCGUGGAAGCAAAGAAGAUGAUCGACGAAAUGCCUAUGGAAGCAGGGGCAAGCAUUUGGGGGGCAUUGUUGGCUUCUAGUAAGAUGCAUAAGAAUCUAGAUACUGCAGAUAUAGCAGCUAGGAAGCUAUUUGUGUUAGAGCCUGAAAAUAGUGGCAAUUACAUCCUGCUGUCGAACAUGUACGCAGAAGCUGGCAUGUGGGGCGAGGUAGAUGAUUUGAGAGCUGCUAUUAAAGGCCGAGGAAUACGAAAGAAUCCUGGUUGCAGUUGGAUUGAGGUCAAUGGCAAGGUUCACCUGUUCCUGGGUGAGGACAGGUCCCAUACCGAGUCGAAGGAAAUAUACUUGUUUCUUGAGGCAUUGGCGGAAAGGAUGAAGGCAGCCGGGUAUGUACCAGAUACAACUGUGGUGCUGCAUGAUGUCAGUGAAGAAGAGAAGGAGCGUAACCUUACAACCCAUAGUGAAAAGCUAGCUGUAGCUUUUGGUCUUCUCAACACAAACCCAGGAGUAGUUCUUCGAAUAACGAAGAACCUCAGGAUAUGUGGAGACUGCCACACAGCUUUCAAAUUUAUAUCGAAGAUAUACGAACGGGUUAUAGUAGUAAGAGAUUUGAAUCGAUUCCAUCAGUUUGAGAAAGGCACUUGUUCUUGUGGGGAUUAUUGGUGAAGCUGAUUUUUUGGUUUUGAACUCAAUCCAUAUAACUAGUAUCGAUAUGCAGAGCUCGAUUAGGGUGCUUAAUGGAGAAGUCCACAGGUUAGGGAAGCCCCUGCUCCAAACAUCAAAUGGACAUCAAAUAGUCAGCUGGCAAUCCUGGUCUCAGUGCAUUUCUUUCUACCCCAGGAAAUGUAUUAGUUUUCUAUUUUUUCUGUAUUUUCCUAGCAUUUUUAUUGAUUAGUUUCCAUAUAUACCUUCUGUAUUUUACCAUGUAUAAUUUUUCCUACAUUUUGGAUAAUUUUCUGCAUUUUCGGUUUUAUUUUCAGGCCCUUUUUCACAUUUUGGACAAUAUAUUGAGGGAAAAGGAAUAAAAUGCCAAAAUGUCGCGGUAUUUUAGUUAUAUCAUAUCUCGACAAUAUAUCUUUCUCGUCAAU